ACCCGGGAAUCGGCCGGGAGAAUCUCCCAGAGACUUGGGAGAGCCGAACCCGGACGCCGCUGGCCGCCACCCCGCGGCGGGGCACAGAGGCGGGCGGAACCAAGAGCGCGGGCAGCGCGAGCGCACGGAGCGCGCGGAGCGCGCGGAGCGGAAGCGCCGCCCCCGGAAGCGGCCCAGCCACGCCAAGAUGGCGGCCGCCUGCACCGUGCGCCGGCUCGGGGCGCGGCUGCUCGCGCUGCCCGCGCACUGCCCGCGCCGGGCCCCGCACAGGCAGGCCGGCGGCGCCGAGUUCCAGAGCAUCUACAGCCUGGACAGGCUCUACCCCGAGUCGCGGGGCGCCGAGACCGCCUGGAGGGUCCCGGACCAGGCAAAGCAGGCCAGCAGCGACAUUCCUCUCGAUCGCCUGACGAUAUCGUACUGUCGGAGCAGUGGUCCCGGGGGCCAGAACGUGAACAAAGUGAAUUCCAAGGCCGAAGUCAGGUUCCACCUGGCGACCGCGGACUGGAUCGCGGAGCCCGUGCGGCAGAAGAUGGCCGUCAGGCACAAGAAUAAAAUCAACAAGUCGGGCGAGUUGAUCCUCACGUCGGAGUGCAGCCGCUACCAGCUGCGCAACCUGGCCAGCUGCCUGCAGAAGAUCCGCGACAUGAUUGCCGAGGCCGGCCGGCCGGCCCCCGAGCCGUCCCCGGAAGACAUCGCUCUGCACAGGGCCAGGGUAGAGCGCGGGAACCGGGAGAGACUGAGACAGAAGAGAAUCAGCGCCUCGCUGAAGAGCAGCCGGAGGGCCGAGAGGGACUGAGGGGGCCGAGGGCGCCGAGAGGGGGCUCCCCGCCAGGAUGGCGGCUGCAAUAAAGCUCCCGACACCCGG